CUCCAGUUGGAUGCUGAGACAUCGUGUUUGCAGUGAACAGAAAACUACAAACUUCCCUGAUUCACUGCUGUCCGAAUUAUUACCUGGAAACUGGACGUUAUCUGAAGACAAACUACUAGAAUAGAAGAUUCAUAAUCUUUACUGCAUCAUGAUGAACAAAUGGAUGCUAUCACGGGAAGAGUUUGGAGUAUCUUCUAAACCUUUCCAGCGUCUUUCUAAAGAAUUUCUUUUUUUUAAAAAAGGAUUUUAUUUAAAAAGUUUUAAACUUUAAAAAGUAUAAUGAUGAUGCUAACUUAUAAUUCAAUUGAAAUUGUAUGUCACAAUAAUUUAUGUAGUAUAUUAUUAAUAUAUACUAUAAUAAUAUGGUAUAGUAAAGUAUAUAAGGUCUCAAAGUCCUGGCGGGUCUUUCUACAUCAGAAAAAUUUGAUUUUAUUUUUUGGAUUUUUUUUAUCUAAAUGUGGUUUUAAAUGACUGUUGGAUAAGUACACAUGUUUUUUUCGUGGGGGUUUUUUAUGGAGAUUUUCAUCCCAGAUGUGUAACCUCAGUUUCAACAAAGUCGGGACACUGUAAAAUGUGCAUUUGAAAAUAAAGAAUGCAGUGAUUUUCACAUCUUAUAAACCCAAAUUGUAUUCACAGUAAAAUGCAGAAAAUAUAUCAAGUACUUAAACUAAGGUGUUUAUCAUUUAAUGAAAAAUACUAGCUCAUUUUGAAUUUUAUACCAGCACAUCUUCAAAAGGUUGGGAAGGGGGGAAACAAAAGGCUGACAAGCUGAGUAGCUAGAAUCCGAUAUCAUACAAGAAUGGGAGAAUAUUCCUCUCCCAAAGGUCCAGCAGCUGGUCUCCUCAGUUCCCAAAUCUUUAUGGACUGUUGUUUAAAGAAGAUCAGCUGAGAGUUCUUGAUUAUAUUAGAAGAUCUCUGCUCAUACUGAGAAACUGAGACUGCAGGCUCAUGUGUUGAGACUUGUCAAUCACGGGGUAGCCACUCCUCUUAAGAAUACCAUAUGUUUGUCUCUACAGUAUCCAACAUGGUCGACCACAAAUAUGAAAUAUUUAUUUAAUGCAAUGAAACCAUGAUCCAAUUUUAAAACUGAUUACUGAGGUUAUAGUAUAACUGAGCAGUAAGGUCAUUUUCCCAAAGGUUUCUGUACAAUUUGAUUUCAUUGUGCAACCAAAGUAUCCCCCUGCUGGCCAUUGUAAGGAAUGCAUAUUUAAGACACUGCAUUAGGCUUGACUUUUAAGAGACACUGAGCCCACUCAGUCGUUUUUAUCCACUUAAAUGGUGUGUGCAUGACUGAUUUUACCUCUGGUGGGCCACGUUUUCAUGGUAUAAAGUUACGGUCCAAAUAGUCCUGCAGACUCCAGUGUUUGUUUUGUCAUCUCACAGAUUAUGUGACCUUAUACAGCAAAUAGGAAAACUUUGUCUUUAUCCACUGACUGUGACAUAUACUUUUGCUGAUGCUAGCACACCUGCAAAUUAUUAUUAAAACUGGAAAAUAAUAAUGAAAAUAUCUGCUCGUCUGCCACUUUAUUGGCCUGAUCAUUUCAGUCACAUGACAGCGACUCAGUUCAUUUAGACAUGGUGAAGACGACCUGCUGAAGUUCAAACUGAGCAUCAUUUAAAUGCCACAGUCUACCCGAGUAUUGUUGCUUACCAUCCUUAUCUUACACCAUCGUACUUGCUGUUGUUGUCCAUGUCACAAAGCUCAGAUCAUCUCAAAAUGUCAUCUUGAACAUGGAAAACAAGUUCAGUGUAACUCAAACGGCAUGUGGAGUCACCAGAAUUCAGUCAAAUUGAGCAUCUUUGGUAUGUGGUUGAACAGGACAUUCACAUCACGCAUGUGCAGCUGUGUGAUGUAAAAUGCCCUUUGUUGUAAUGCCACAAAGGAUUAAAGCAAUUCUGAAGGCAAAAGGGGGUCAAACCGGUACUAGGUACUGUGUACUUAAUAAAAUGCCCCGUGAGAGCUUAAAUGUAACGAAAAAAUUAAACUGCUUUGUUUUGACCACUGGUGGCGCUGUGGAGCAAAGGUUUGAUGAGCGGGUCCACGUUCAUGUGAAGGGCACACUGUGGCCAAGUGGACAGGGUGUUCUAGGAAUCCAUCCUACCUGACAAACCACCCUACCCUUGUUUCUGCGCAUGCGCACAACACGAAAUCCAGUGGCGAACCGUCCUACCUUUGUGAAUAUGAGCUAGAAACAUACUCUGACGGGUAAAGUGCCAAACCAUGCUACCUUUGUGAAUGUGACCGACAAGCAUAGUUUAACGGGUAAAAUGAAGUGGCAAACCGUCCUGGCUUUAUUAAUAUGAGCUACAAGCAUACUCUGAUGGGAAAAGUUAAGUGGCAAACCGUAAUACCUACUUACAUUUGUGUUGGAAUUACUCUGUGACAGCAGAAAUGUGCAUAAACUACUUACGGUAGGACGUUUUGCCAAAGUAGGACCGGUGGAUGCUGGCUUUCUCACUGAACUACAGAAAAAAAUGGCAAUGCUUUCAGGGUUUGUCUUUGUAUUGCUGGUCCAAACUGUAAACCUUCAACUUACACCUCGAGGACCCAGACCAAUACCGGGGCGAGGUGACAGUCCAGAGCCAACGGUACCUCCACUCUUGCCUGAACCCACACCAAGACCUGAAGGCUGUGAAGCAGGUAUAAUCGACUGUCCCAUCAGGGUGUACUUCACUAUUGACACCUCAGAAACCAUCGCAUUGCAGGAGCCCCCACCUGGCAGCCUGGUGGAGAGUAUCAGAGAAUUCACAAAGAUCUUUGCCGAGAGGCUGGCUGAUGAGGAGUACAGGGGCCAUAUCCAGAUCACUUGGUCCAUAGGUGGGCUGCACUUCUCCCAGAAGCAGGUGGUCUUCAGCCAGCUCACAACCAGAGAGAACUUCAUCAGGAAUCUCGCUUCGAUCCGAUACCUGGGCAAAGGCACUUACAUCGACUGUGCCCUCAAAAACAUGACUCACCAGAUGACCCAACAUUACACAGAGACGAAGGCGGUUCUCUUCGCUGUGGUCAUCACUGAUGGCUAUGUGACAGGAAAUCCAUGUUCAGGGAUCAAGGUGAUGGCAGAAAAGGCCCGGGAUCAAGGGAUCCAGAUUUUCUCAGUAGCAGCGUCCAAGGAGAUCGAUGAAUUUGGAAUGCGGGAGAUAGCGAACUCUCCGUACGAGCUGUUCCGUGACGACUACAUAGCGGUGGAAAUCGUUGAUGGGAAACCAAGACUAAGCACUAAAACCAUUGAUCGUAUCGUAAAAGCAAUGAAAUACCAAGCAUAUUUACAGUGUUACAAACCAAGAUGUUUCGAGAGUCCUGGGCGCCCUGGACUAAGAGGUCCCUCAGGUCCAAAAGGCACAAAAGGAGACAGAGGCCCUCCAGGGCCAAAGGGUGAAAGAGGAAGACAGGGUGAUCCUGGCAUUGAAGGUCCAAUUGGACGACCUGGUCCAAAGGGAGAGGCUGGUUUAAAGGGUGACAAGGGGGAAAUUGGAUUAACUGGAGCAAAGGGUGUUGCAGGUUCGACUGGCAAGAAUGGAACUGAUGGGCAAAAGGGGAAAAUUGGACGAAUUGGAGCUCCCGGUUGUAAAGGUGAUCCAGGCGACAAGGGACCAGAUGGCUACCCAGGAGAUGCUGGUGAAACUGGACUAUUAGGUGACAAAGGAGAAAAGGGUGACACAGGCCUUCCUGGAAAGCCAGGCCCCCCAGGCCCUAAGGGUAAUCCUGGUCUGAAGGGUGAAAGAGGAAACCAAGGAAAUCCAGGACAGCCUGGACAAAGAGGGAGUCCGGGGAGAAAGGGUUCACCUGGGGCAAAAGGCGAAGAGGGGAGGAGAGGAAACCCGGGAAUAAAGGGAUCACAAGGAAACACUGGGCCAAAAGGGAAAAAGGGAGAGCGAGGCCCGGAGGGAAGCAGAGGUCGGCCUGGGGAAAAUGGACUCAAGGGCGCUAAGGGGGACCUGGGACUACCGGGACCGAGGGGUCAGCCAGGAGAACUAGGCGCCCCUGGACGAAAUGGCACAACGGGAGAUCUUGGAGAUUCAGGACCAAGGGGAGACACUGGGCCACUUGGACCAAAGGGUGACAGAGGAAGGCAAGGUUUCAGCUAUCCUGGAUCAAGAGGACCGCCUGGAGACAGGGGUGCACCGGGUAGGAGAGGACCCAGAGGGAGCAGAGGUGACUGUGGCGCCAAAGGAGAAUCUGGAAAUAAAGGGCAACCAGGAGCGCCUGGUGAACCAGGCCAGUCGGGGCCGCCAGGAGAAAGAGGGCCUAGAGGAGAACGUGGACCUGAUGGGGAUCCAGGACCAGCAGGCGAUUCUGGGCUCACUGAAUGUGAUGUCAUGAGCUACAUCAGAGAGACGUGUGGUUGCUGCGACUGCGAGAAGCACUGUGGAGCUAUGGACAUUGUGUUUGUAAUUGAUAGCUCAGAGAGUGUCGGGCUGACAAACUUUACCCUGGAGAAGAACUUUGUUAUCAACACCAUCAACAGGCUGGGAUCUAUGGCGCCCGAACCUACAUCAACAACAGGCACAAGAGUUGGAGUUGUACAAUACAGUCACAACGGGACUUUUGAGAGCAUUCGUCUCGAUGACCCAAACAUAAACUCCAUGACUGCAUUCAAAACUGCAGUGAAGAAUCUGAGGUGGAUUGCUGGGGGCACCUUCACCCCCUCUGCUCUGAAGUACGCCUAUGAUAACCUCAUCAGGGACAGCAAGAGAGCCCGAUCCAAAGUGUCCGUCGUCGUGGUCACAGACGGCCGCUUUGACCCCCGAGACGACGACAAUCAGCUCACAUACCUCUGCAACGACCCCGCUGUGGUGGUGAAUGCCAUCGGGAUAGGGGACAUGUUUGACACCAGACACGACAGCGAGACUCUGGUGUCAAUCGCAUGCAACAAGAAGGAUCGGGCUACUGAGAUGAGGCGCUACAGCGAUUUGGUGGCUGAUGAAUUCUUAGAAAAGAUGGAAACUGUCCUCUGUCCUGAUCCAGUCAUUAAGUGCCCUGAUCUCCCCUGUACAAGUGAACUUGACUCAGCACCUUGUGUUGCGAGGCCUGUGGAUUUGGUAUUUCUAUUGGAUGGUUCAGAGCGUCUCGGGGAGAGAAACUUCCUCCUUGUUCGUGAAUUUGUUCAGAAGGUUGCAGACAGGCUGGUACUGGCCAGGACCAGGACCGAUCGAGAGCGAGCCCGUCUGGCACUGAUGGAGUUUGGCAAGGAGUCAGAGAAUCGGGUGGCUUUCUCUCUAACACAUGACCCUGUCCAGAUUGUUAACAGUUUAACAGCUUUACAGUAUCUAGAUUCUUCUUCAAGCGUGGCGCCCGGCAUCAUACAUGCCAUCAACAACAUCCUGGUUAGAGGAAGCGCCCGGCAAACGAGGCCCAAUGCAGAGAUUUCAUUCGUUUUCAUUACAGAUGGUGUCACUAACAGCGACAACCUGGACGAAGCGAUCAGUGCCAUGCGUCGUCACGAGGUGGUCUCCACCGUGAUUGCCACAGGAAGUGAUGUUGAUCAAGAAGUCCUGACAAAGCUGGCUAUGGGGGACCAGCACGCCAUCUUCAAAGCAGAAAAAUUCUCAGAUUUUUUAAGGUCCGGUAUGUUUGAUCGUUUCAUCCGGUGGGUGUGUUAGAGAGAGAAUGCUCCUGUGAGCCAAUACUGGUGCUACAUCCAACAUUUUCAAGGAUAAUUAAAAUUUAUUUCAACCUGAUAGUAUUUUACAUUAAUGUGGCUGUUGUGGCUCUAUUGAGGAAAGCAUCCUACAGUGAAACAAGACUGUGCUCUCUGCAGCUUUAUACUGGGUCAUAGUGCAGUCCUUGAUUUUACCCUCUGAGGAUAUCUCAGAUAUCUCUGAGGAUAUUCUCCAUCUUUGAGACCAUGCAGAGCCAAGAGCCAACUUCAUCCUCCACUUUGUUUAACACCUCACAUGUGUACUAACAUUUAAAUUAAAACAAAACUUUGACAGGAUUUUGUUUUAGCAAUUUGUAGAAAAUCAUCCCAACACUUUCAUUUUUGGAUGCAGAUGCAAUUAGCAACAGGUCCACUCCAGGCAGCUAAAUUCUAAGCUUAGGUCAGAAUCAAAAGCAAAAGUUAAAAGACUACAUUGUCUGGAUAACCUCAGGAGCUCGCGCUUGUUUCCUCUUGAAGCUUGUAGAGCUGCAAUGGCCAAACUGAUUGGGGAAUACACAAGGUUGAAAUAAACUAGAUUUCUUCUUUAACCCAUAGACAGUAUAUAAAAGAAACACAGGCACCCACUGUGUUUGAAAAGUGAAGCCAUGUGCCAUACAACUGAGGGUCUCUAGGUGCUUCCUUGUUCUGUCAGUGGUUAAAGUAAUUCAUUGGCAGCUGCAGCUCAAGCAGAAUUUAUGGUCCCGCAACGGUGGUGCGUUCACUGUCCGGUAGCAAUCCAAGGAUGGCCUGUCUGCCUGUUGCCAGAUGGAGGCAAUGUGCAAAAUAUGUGGUACAGCAGUCUGUGGGUCACUCUAGCUUGUGCUGCUGUUGGUACAUCAGACAGCCGUGAAGAAGAGCGACUUUAUAACAUACAAAGAGCUGAAGUGAAAAUGAGUGUUUAAAAACAAUGAAAAGUGUCCAAUGUCUGUGCUUUUCAUGUUGUAUUCUUCCGCUAGCAGUCCCUGCUCUAUUCCGGCCCACUUGUCAAUGAAUCAACAUUCGGCACACGCUUGCAUCAUCUGCUUCUAGACACGUGCAGUCAGAAUGUUGAGAGGCCUGCACCGGAGUGUGUCUGGGGUGGGUGGAAAAGAAACGUGUACACAGACGGACACAUUUACAGGACCAUAAAUUACACUUUGCCUUGUGUAACUCGAUUUAAGUGGGACUAGAUUUUUUUUUAAUAUACACUAUAUUACCAAAAGUAUUCACUCACCCAUCCAAAUCAUUGCAUUCAGGUGUUUCAAUCACUUCCAUGGCCACAGGUGUAUAAUAUCAAGCACCUCCAUACGCAGACUGUUUCUGCAAACUUUUAUGAAAGAAAGCUCUCAGGACAUCAGUGAAUUUCAGUGUGGUAUCGUGAUAGGAUGUCACCUGUGCAACAAAUCCAGUUAUGAAAUUUCCUCGCUACUAAAUAUUUCAUAGUCAACUGUUAGUCGUAUUAUAGCAAAGUGAUGACAGGGACCCAGCCAUGAAGUGGUAGGCUACAUAAAGUCAGGAUUAACAGCUGCUGAGGGUCAUAGCAUGCAGAGGUCACAAACUUCCUGCAGAGUUAAUUGAUAAAGACUUCAUGUAACCUUCAGAUUAGCCCAACAACAGUCUACAGAGAGCUUCAUGAAGGUUUCCAUGCACAACACAAAGUGUCAGGGUUGUUUUUCAGGAGUGGGGCUUUGCCCCUUACCCUUUUAAUGCCUCAACACAAAACACAACAAGAUAUUUUGGACAAUUUCAUGCUCCCAAUGUUGUAGAAACAGUUUAGGGAACACCUGUUCGCAGAGCACAAAGUAAGGUUCAUAAAGACAUGGAUAAGCGAGUUUGGUGUGGAAAAACUCGUGAGCUGUGGGCCAAACCUUCUCGUCCAACAUCAGUGCCUGACCUCACAAAUGUGCUUCUAGAAGAAUGGUCGAAACUUCACAUAAACACACUCCUAAACCUUCCCAGAAGAGUUGAAGUUGUUACAGGUGCCCAGGGUAGGCUGACAAUAAUAAACCAUUAAGAAUGGGAUGUCACUCAAGUUCAUAUGCAUGUGAAGGUAGACGAGAGAAUACCUUUGGUAUAUAGUGUAUAUGGAUAAGUGGGACAAAACCUUUUCCAUUUUGAACCAUUGUCAGCAUACUCAUGGCCCUAAUUAAAUUGGCAUUCCCACCUCAGAAAGAGGUUUUUUUUCUCCAAGAGUUUCUCACAUGUUUCACCCUUUUUUCCAAAUAUGGUCACUUCUGGCUCCAAAGUGCUAAAGUCAAGGAUUCAAAAUGGUGAUCCACAAACCAAAGGUUGGCAUUAUGGUGGCAACGUUCUCUUUUUUUUAUACAGUCUAUGCUUUAAACACA